AUGGCUCCAACCUUCGCAGACUUUAUCCAAUCACCUCAGUUCACCUUCUUCGUUGGCCAGGAGGGAAAGCCUGUCGUGGUGCAUGCGGCUGCGGUUGCUGCUACUAGUCCGCAGCUAGAUGCACUUGUUAGUGGUGGAAUGCAGGAAUCUGAAACGCGAUGUGCGAGGAUCGAAGAUGUCAGGGUUGACGAUUUCAUCCGGUUCUGCGAAUACACUUACCGCGGGGACUAUACGGUACCUCCGUGGGAAAAAGUGCUACUAGGACCGAGCUAUGUACCUGGGAAGAACGAGCAGAACGACGACAAUGGAGUGGCUCCUGUCUGGGAUGAAUUCCCUGCUGCACAAGAACCUCCUUCCAUGGAGUGUUACCCCCAAGAAGCUCCGGCAUGCGAAGAACCUGCCGCCCAGCCA